AUCCAGAUCGCUGCAUCCAAACAUCCUUCCCGCCCUUACCUCUACCUCGAUUUCUUGUUCCCUUUUCUCCACAAAACCACCAAACGAACUUUCCACUCAAAGUCAACCCUCGAAGCCAUUAUGGAGAGGGAUCCAGCGUUCUUUGUUGCCCCAAGGCCCAAAAAGAGUGGGCUCGCGCCGCCACCCAAGAAACGCAAGAUAGUGCACAAGGUCGAGGAAAUCACAUUCGACAAGGACGCCCGCACCGAAUAUCUUACCGGUUUCCACAAGCGUAAACAGGCCCGAAUCAAGGCUGCGAAGGCGCAAGCAGAGGAAGAGGCACGGCUGGAACGAAUUAGGUUGAGAAAGCAGAUCAGAGAGGAGCGGCAGAAGAACCUCGAGGAACAUAUCCAAACAGUGCACAAGCUUCUCCACGAGGCAGAGCGUGCCGGUACCGACGACAAACCCACCGAGAACAAGUCAGACGACGAAUGGGAUGGGCUAUCCGAAGACGAUGUGGCGGAAGAGCCUGCGCUUGAUGUCGAGGAGGAGUACAUCGAUGAAGACCGCUAUACGACCGUGACAGUAGAAGCCGUCAGCGUAGACAGGGACGGCAUCCACAAACCACGGACCUUGAAGGACGAAGAAGAUUCCGAGACGGAGAAGAACAACAAGAAGAAGAAGGCGGCUGAAGAGGCGGCGCAGCAGGAAGCCGACAAGAAAUCAAAACGAAACUUCCCAGAGAAAAAGAAGAAGAGAAAAUUCACAUACGAAAGCCGACAUGACCGAAACGUCACAGAGAGGAAACAGAGGGCAAAGAAAGCGAAGCGGUCGUGAUAGGUUAGAUGGCGAAGGAAAUAAUCUACCGCUAUUCCUGACAGCGGUAUCCCUUACGAUAUCUAGAUCUUGUUUAAGUACUGUAUGUGCAAUGCUGGGAUGAUGGAUUAUGCUUUGAACUAGUAGGCAAUAUGAGUUGUACGCGGGAGUUAGAUAACGGCUUGCUUUGUCCGUCUUAUCUCCCUACUCGACAACCCGAGG